AUGGAGUUUCUAUGGGUCCGCUCGUUAGGCCUGGACUUGGAGCAUCGCUACGGCUCCAAGGUAGCUUCUUUACCUAAAGUAGGAUUCGUCCCACAGGAGGAAAUAGGAGCCUUUGCCUUUGCCGAUGGUCGUUCCACAUACUUACUUCGAGAGGGCCCUUCAGCAGGACGAUUUGCCGGGGAGAGCAAUGAUUGGGCCGCAUUUUAUGUAAAUAUUUUUGUCAAUCGGGAUAUGUUUGUGAGAUACACGCACCAGGGAGUCAGUCAUCAAAACCUCCAGGUUGGAAAUGUCAAUAUGAGAGACAAUAAUGCAUUGGCAGUGGACGAAGGACCUGAGGAUCUUGAUUUGGAUUUGUCCCCAAACCAAGGCCAGGCCAUUGAUCAAGUCCAACAUUUAGUAGAGGAUGGACAAGUUGAGGACCAAGAUUACAAUCAGAUAGAUCAGACUCAGUACAAAGAAGUUAUUGAGGACAAUGACAGCGACAUAAUGGAACAUUCACACUCAGACAAUGAAGAAGAGUUUGAAUUUGAAGUUGAAGUUGGAAAUCCUGAUUGUGAACUCCAGGAGGAAGGGGAAUGCACCUGUGAUUCAGUUGUAGAAGAGGACAGCUACUAUGCUUUGUUAUAG